ACUUGGCAGCGACCAAUCAAAUGCGGGCCGGGGAGCGCGGGGGCGUGGUCACCCGAGUGAGCUUGGCAAACAAACCGCCAAGACGCAACAAACACAAACAGAGCCGCGGGAAUAAAGUCUGGAAAGAAUCAACCGGCAACAAGAUGGCAAGAAGAAGUGAUGAUGAUUACAAAGGCCGCACACAGAGGCUCGCAUUUAGAGAAAUGUCAUCAGCUAUGAGCAGCCAAAGUUCCAUGUUUGGCGUAAGGAGUGGACGCUCCCUCUUCAUGGAAGCUCUGACCCUCAGAUUACUGGGUUUGGAUUUUUACAGAUCGGCCCCCGCCCCGGGCUUCUAUUAUGACAGCGACGAAGAGGAUUGGUUGUGUUCCGACCAUUUUGCGGGGCAACCUUUAGGUCCACAUCCUCAAAUACGACGACUCACCGAGGAGGAAGAAGAGAAACACGCAAAGCAAGCGCUCAUAGAGCAGAAACAACGUGAGAGUAAAAGCGCGAGGAACAAGCGAAAGAAACUGCGCAGAAACGAGAAGAAGCGCUUGGAAAAGGUGAGCAGGAACAUUUCGGACGGGGCGGAGAGAGGCGAACCCCAGGAGGCUGUCCAGGAAAUUGGGGCGCAAGCUCCCCCCAACCACGAAGCCGAUUCCGGCGACGAGGGUAGCGAGGAUCAAGAAGAAGGAAACCACUCGCAGGGAAAGGAGGCGGAUGGAGACGAACCCCAGGAGUCUGUCCAUCAAAUUGGUGCACAAGCUCCCCCCGAGGCUGAGAAGGACAACGAAGCGCAGGAAAAGGGCCUCAAUUCCGAUAUCGCCGGUGAGGUCACGGAAAAGUCGACGGACACACCGGACGCUCCGAGGAAGGACCGCGAAUGUGGAAGUGACAGCGAGGGUUCUCACAAGCCCGCAUUGGACCAGAAAGCAACAGAUCCAAUAGUAGAGGAAUACAUGCAGGAAAGUGCCAAGCUGGCAGAGUUUGGCAACUGUUGGGCGACUGCUGGACGACACGACCAGGCCAUCAGAUGCUUCACCGAGGCCAUCAAGCUCAACCCAAAGGAGUGGAAGUUGUUUGGGAAUCGCUCCUUCUGCUACGAGAAGACGCAGCAGUAUGACAAGGCCCUGAAUGACGCAGAAAUCGCCCUCCUCAUGGAACCAAUGUGGGUCAAAGGUCUCUUUCGUAAAGCCAAGGCUCUCUGUGGACUAAAGAGGUAUAACGAUGCUUCCAAAGUCUACAAGGAGGUGUUGAAGCUGGACGGGUCGAGGCGGGAGGCCAAAGAGGCGCUGAACCAUACGCAGAUGUUGCAACUUAUGGAAAUGGGCUUCACCCAGGAGGAGAGCACCGAGGCCUUGCAAAGCCACGACACCUUAGAGGCCGCCAUUAACGCCCUUUUCGACUGCGACCGUCCGCCUUGUCCAGCAGCGGGGGCAGAUGAGCAGGACGGAGAGUGGAUGGUCCAACAAGCAAACAAGCCUCCAACGCGGGGCGCCAAAGAAGUACGGAGUUCGGCCCAAAGUCAAGGCAAAACUCGGCAAAAAUCGGAUGUUUUCCAGGUUUGGGUGGGUUACCUGGCACCUACCGUCACCUACCGCAUGCUCUAUGAGCUCUUCAGCAGAGUGGGGCCAGUGUACAAGGUGAAGAUGCUGCUGGAUCAACAAACCGCCUACAUAAACUACGCCCGAGAAGAGGACUGUGCGGAAGCUAUACGGCGUAUUCACGGGAUGACGCUGGAGGGGUCUACUCUGGAGGUGCGGUCCCCCAUAAGGAGCAACGCUGAACCUGGAAUGGCCAAGGCGGAGCUCAGUGACCCGGCCUCUCAACGGAGAUGGUUUCAGAGGGAGUGUUUCUUCUGGAGGACCACCGGGUGCACGCAGGAGGACUGCACCUACCGACACGUGCCCGGGCGCGAGGGCAUCGACAAGGACAAGUUCAACAGCUGAUCCAAAACAAAACACACGGUGACAUGAGCACCAUCAGGGUGGUGCCACUGGGAUCUGGACUUGGGGUUGGUAAUGAGGUCUAUGCCUGGACGUGAUAGCAGUCAAUAACUGGACUGGUUUGCAGAUUUUUGCACACCAACUGAGGGGUUAGCACACCUCAACUUUGUUGGAUUUUAUGUUGUAUAGUUGUUGAAAUAAUGGUAUGUACACCGGCAGUCGCCACUAGAGGGCAGCAGGCCGUCGUGUUCCUUUUUUGCUUAACAGAUGCUGGGUCUGUCAUGGUGGUCCAACUCCUCAUUACACUUCUUUCUAUCUACUUCUAGAAGAGCAAUGUUAUCUAUUGUCGUCAAAAAGCAUGUUGAAGAAUAUUGGUCAGGAAAUGACCAAAUUUCAACAGUAAAAUUAACAUCAGAACCCAAUUAAUGUUGUCUAAAAAGCAUGUUUCAACGUAUUUGUGUUGUGGAAUAUUGGUUGGGAAAUGACCAAAUUUCAAUGGUCAAAUCAACGUCAGAACCCAAUUAAACGUUGUAUUAUUGUUGUAGAAUAUUGGUCAGGAAAUUACCAAAUUUCAACAAUAAAAUUAACGUCAGAACCGAAUUAAACGUUGUAUUAUUGUUGUAAAAUAUUGGUCAGGAAAUGACCAAAUUUCAACAGUAAAAUUAACGUCAGAACCCAAUUAAACGUUGUAUUAUUGUUGUAGAAUAUCGGUCAGGAAAUGACCAAAUUUCAACAAUAAAAUUAACAUCAGAACUCACUCAAACGUAUUAUUGUUGUAGAAUAUUGGUCAGGAAAUGACCAAAUUUCAACAGUAAAAUUAACGUCAGAACCCAAUUAAACGUUGUAUUAUUGUUGUAGAAUAUUGGUUGGGAAAUGACCAAAUUUCAACAGUAAAAUUAACGUCAGAACCCAAUUAAAUUUUCUAUUAUUGUUGUUGAAUAUUGGUUGGGAAAUGAUCAAAUUUCAACGGUCAAAUCAACAUCAGAACCCAACAUUGAUUAAAUGUUGGAAAUGACCAAAUUUCAACGGUAAAAUUAACGUUAGAACCCAAUUAAACGUUGUCUAAAAGCAUGAGUCAACGUUGUAUUUGUGUUGUGGAAUAUUGGUUGGGAAAUGACCAAAUUUCAACGGUAAAAUUAACGUUAGAACCCAAUUAAACGUUGUCUAAAAGCAUGAGUCAACGUUGUAUUUGUGUUGUGGAAUAUUGGUUGGGAAAUGACCAAAUUUCAACGGUAAAAUCAACGUCAGAACCCAACAUUGAAUAAAUGUCGUCAAGAAGCAUGUUGUAGAAUAUUGGUCAGGAAAUGACCAAAUUUCAACAAUAAAAUUAACGUCAGAACCCAAUUAAACGUUGUAUUAUUGUUGUAGAAUAUUGGUCAGGAAAUGACCAAAUUUCAACAGUAAAAUUAACGUCAGAACCCAAUUAAACGUUGUAUUAUUGUUGUGGAAUAUUGGUCAGGAAAUGACCAAAUUUCAACGGUAAAAUUAACGUCAGAACCCAAUUAAAUGUUGUAUUAUCGUUGUUGAAUAUUGGUUGGGAAAUGACCAAUUUUCAACGGUCAAAUCAACAUCAGAACCCAGCAUUGAUUAAAUGUUGGAAAUGACCAAAUUUCAACUGUAAAUUUAACAUUAGAACCCAAUUAAACGUUGUAUUAUUGUUGUAGAAUAUUGGUUGGGAAAUGACCAAAUUUCAACGGUAAAAUUAACGUUAGAACCCAAUUAAACGUUGUCUAAAAGCAUGAGUCAACGUUGUAUUUGUGUUGUGGAAUAUUGGUUGGGAAAUGACCAAAUUUCAACGGUCAAAUCAACGUCAGAACCCAACAUUGAAUAAAUGUCGUCAAGAAGCAUGUUGUAGAAUAUUGGUCAGGAAAUGACCAAAUUUCAACAAUAAAAUUAACGUCAGAACCCAAUUAAACGUUGUAUUAUUGUUGUAGAAUAUUGGUCAGGAAAUGACCAAAUUUCAACAGUAAAAUUAACGUCAGAACCCAAUUAAACGUUGUAUUAUUGUUGUGGAAUAUUGGUCAGGAAAUGACCAAAUUUCAACGGUAAAAUUAACGUCAGAACCCAAUUAAAUGUUGUAUUAUCGUUGUUGAAUAUUGGUUGGGAAAUGACCAAUUUUCAACGGUCAAAUCAACAUCAGAACCCAGCAUUGAUUAAAUGUUGGAAAUGACCAAAUUUCAACUGUAAAUUUAACAUUAGAACCCAAUUAAACGUCUUAAAGCAUGUUUCAACGUUGUAUUUGUGUUGUGGAAUAUUGGUUGGGAAAUGACCAAAUUUCAACGGUAAAAUUAACGUUAGAACCCAAUUAAACGUUGUCUAAAAGCAUGAGUCAACGUUGUAUUUGUGUUGUGGAAUAUUGGUUAGGAAAUGACCAAAUUUCAACGGUCAAAUCAACGUCAGAACCCAACAUUGAAUAAAUGUCGUCAAGAAGCAUGUUGUAGAAUAUUGGUCAGGAAAUGACCAAAUUUCAACAAUAAAAUUAACGUCAGAACCCAAUUAAACGUUGUAUUAUUGUUGUAGAAUAUUGGUCAGGAAAUGACCAAAUUUCAACAGUAAAAUUAACGUCAGAACCCAAUUAAACGUUGUAUUAUUGUUGUGGAAUAUUGGUCAGGAAAUGACCAAAUUUCAACGGUAAAAUUAACGUCAGAACCCAAUUAAAUGUUGUAUUAUCGUUGUUGAAUAUUGGUUGGGAAAUGACCAAUUUUCAACGGUCAAAUCAACAUCAGAACCCAGCAUUGAUUAAAUGUUGGAAAUGACCAAAUUUCAACUGUAAAUUUAACAUUAGAACCCAAUUAAACGUCUUAAAGCAUGUUUCAACGUUGUAUUUGUGUUGUGGAAUAUUGGUUGGGAAAUGACCAAAUUUCAACGGUAAAAUUAACGUCAGAACCCAAUUAAAUGUUGUAUUAUCGUUGUUGAAUAUUGGUCAGGAAAUGACCAAAUUUCAACGGUAAAAUUAACAUCAGAACCCAAUUAAACGUUGUAUUAUUGUUGUGGAAUCUUGGUUGGGAAAUGACCAAUUUUCAACGGUCAAAUCAACGUCAGAACCCAACAUUGAUUAAAUGUUGGAAAUGACCAAAUUUCAACGGUAGAAUUAACAUCAGAACCCAAUUAAACGUUGUCUAAAAGCA